AUGGACACUCCACAUCAGUUUGAACCGGUGGAUGUUUCUGGUAAGGGGUUAAUUAGUAUUUUUGAAUAUAUGCGUUGGUUUUAGUUGUUGGAAACAUUUAGGCUUGGCAAACUGUUUCAGGCUUAUUACGUAAUAUUUAGGCUUAUAACUAAUUAUUUAGGCUUAUCAGACAAUUUAUAGGCUUAUCUAGUAAUACUUAGGCUUGCAACGCAAAUUUAGCCUUAUCACACAAUUUCAGGCUUAGCAACACAUAUUUUAGGCUUAGCACGCACACAUUUUUAGGCUUAUCAGCAUACAUUUUUAGACUUAGCAGCACACAUUUUAGGCUUAUUACAUCAUGUUUAGGCUUAUCAGUACAAAUUUUAGGCUUAGCACCACACAUUUUAGGCUUAACGGCACAAGUUUUCUAGGCUUAUAUUUUACUUUCAGGCGUCCGAAAGCAGUAUUUGAAUGCGGCCGAGCCCUACUUCCUGGAGCAAAACUGCUCCACAGAUCCGUUCCAUCAGUUCCACGUCUGGUUCUCCAAUGUUCUACAGCAAAGUAACAUCACGUACGAAGAGAUGAACGCUGUGUGCUUGUCGACUUGUGUGUAAGUUAAUGUAUUUUUAUUUUAAAUGGUAUUUUUUUAAUUUUUCUCGUUUUAAAUGGUAACUUUUGUUUAUAUUGUUACCUGAAAUAACAAGUUUUAUUCAGUUUAUUACCUAAAAUAGCUUGUUUUUAUGUUUAUUGAGUUAUCUCGUCUACAUUAUGUAUUUGAUCGUAUUUUACAACCAUUUUUACUACGAUAUUAUAAAAGUUACAGUGGUUCAUCAGGUGAAAGUUACAGUAGUAUACCAGAAAAAAGUUACAGUACUUCAUUUUGCAAAUAUUUUAGGAAUAACAAGCCUUCGUCUCGUAUGGUGUUGAUGAAGUCCUACAACGAUACUGGAUUCACAUUUUAUACCAAUUCCUGUAGCAGAAAAGGCCAAGAAAUUGCGGCCAAUAACAAUGGAGCCAUGAUGUUCUACUGGCCGUUUGUUAAUCGACAGGUAUGAUUUUCAAUUUGUUUUGGUUUUUUAGUUUGGUUACUGUAGGUAUAAAUGACAGAGUAGGGUAAGGUAGGGUAGAGUAUUGAAAGCUAGAGUAGGGUAAGGUAAGGCAUGACAGGGUAGGGUUAGGGUACAUUAAGGUAGUACAGUGUAGGGUAAAGUAGGCCUGCGAAGGGUAGGGUAGAGUAUGACAGAGUAAAGUUACCUUUUCAAGACAGACUUAUUAAUGUUUACUGUAGUAUAAUAUAAAAAUGAUUUCUGUAAUUAAAUUUUUUCAGGUCAGAAUCGAAGGCACGAUAACCGAAGUGGCUCCAGAAGAAGCUACGAAAUACUGGGAUUCAAGACCAACUCACAGCAAAGUUGGCGGAUCAAUCAGUAACCAAAGUCAAGUGGUCGAGAGUCGGCAGGUAAAAAAAUAUUUAUUUUUCAAUUUAAAAAAUGAAAUUUUGAAAAAAUUUUUUAAUCAAAAUUUUUUUCAAAUUUUUUUUAAUUUUAUAAUUUUAGUUCGUAUUUUACACAAAUUUCAGGUCCUAGAAGACCGUCGCCGAGCACUGGACGAGAGGGUCAAAGCUGAAAGUGAGCAAAUCCUGGUCAAACCUCAAUCUUGGACCGGCUACACCCUGAAGCCAAAUUACUUUGAGUUCUGGCAAGGACAAUCGGACAGAAUCCAUGACAGACUCAGAUUCAAACUUCAGGAAAACCAGUGGAUUCGGGAGAGGAUUCAGCCUUAA